CAUGAAUUAACAUCUUUGACCGUCACAUCCCAGUGUAUGGAUACCACCAGCAAAUAAGGGUUUCCAAAUUUCUCCAAAAACGGUCCGCCGAGUCCAUCUCUGUCCAUCAUGGGUGUGCUUGCUCCUCUGCAAGCAUAAAACCCAGACAGCAGCCAUCUCCAGCUCUCUCGCCAUCCCGCACGAGCGCCUGCGUCCCAAAGCAACCUUCAGCUAGAAACAACGAGAACAUUAUGGACAUCUCCGGCAUCUACAUCACCAAAGCCCUCUCCUCAGGCCUGCUCGCCUACUGCGUCAUCCGCGUAAUCGCCCCACCCACCACUAUCUCCGCCGCCACGGCCUCCGACGCCCACGACCCGGUCUCCUCUUCCACCAAGCCGCGAGACUCGGUCUCCCUCCUCGCGACGCCAACCGCGCUGCGCGUCGUCCUCAACACCGUCCGCAUCCUCUUCCCGCUGUUGACCGUGCUGUAUGUCGCGCAAAGUAGCGCGGUUCGUGAGCCGUGGUCGUUGGCGGAGGUGCUUGCGCUCGCGACCGGGGCGUUUGGGGGGUGGUUGAGGGUGGCGUCUUAUAGGGCGCUGGAUAAGUUCUUUACGUAUCGGUUGACGAUUCAGAAAGAUCACACCCUAGUCCAAACCGGCCCCUACAAAUACCUCCUCCACCCAUCCUACACCGCUCUCGUCCUCACGGGUCUCGGCUACGUCGCAUUCCACCGCAGCUCGCCCAUCCUCGCCUCAGCCUGGUUGUUUGUGUCGUUGACGGCGCUCGCCGUUCGCCUGACGGAGGAAGAAGCAGCGCUGGCGGAACACUUUGGCGAGGCAUGGAAGAGGCAUGCCGCGGAGCGGUGGCGUCUAAUUCCUGGGAUUUGGUGAUUCGGGAAGAAGUCCUACAUCUCGUUUCAAGAAUAACGUAGCUGUGAGCAGAUUAGUGUUGGCAUACAUAGCUUGGGCAGUGAAAAUGCGGGAAAUGUAGUCUAGAUUCGGCAUAGCGGCAUAGCCAGUUUUAAGGGGAUACCAUAACCGAUUACCCACCAUCAAACUCCUCAGAUGGCAGAAGCCCAACUGAGAAGCUAAACAC